CUAGCUGCGUCAGGGGUUCCAGAUAAGGAGAACCGCAAACGCAGGUGGGGGUGUCCCAGAGCCGACUCCGCCUGCACCCCAGGGCACUGGGGGCGGGCGUGGGGCCCGGGUAGCAUAAGAGCACCGCCCAGCAGAGGGCCUGAGACACUCGGAGCUCAACCUUGUGCCAGCCUAGGUCCAAACUUGGAUCACAUCAGACCCUCUCGAGCAGAAGAGGCUGUUCCUGGCCUGGCAGCCCCAGAGCGGCUAAGCAGGGCACCAUGGCAGGACCCUUUCUCCUGACCCUGCAGAUCCUACUGCUGUCCUUAGCCCAGGGAGCUUCUGGACAAGGUGGGAGUGACAAGAUUAUUGAUGGCGUCCCAUGUACACCAGGCUCCCACCCAUGGCAGGUGGCCCUGCUCAAUGGCAACCAGCUCCACUGCGGGGGUGUCCUGGUCGGGGAGCUCUGGGUGCUCACUGCCGCCCACUGCAAGAUGAAUGGGUACACCGUGCACCUAGGCAGUGAUAAGCUGGGAGACAGGAAAGCUCAGAGGAUCACGGCCUCGAAGUCGUUCCGCCACCCCGGCUACAACACGCAGACCCAUGUGAAUGACCUCAUGCUCGUGAAGCUGAGUAGGCCGGCCAGGCUGUCAUCCACGGUCAAGAAAGUCCAGCUGCCCUCCCGCUGUGACCCCCCAGGAACCACAUGUACUGUCUCCGGCUGGGGCACUACCACAAGCCCAGAUGUGACCUUUCCCUCUGACCUCAUGUGCGUGGAUGUCAAGCUCAUCUCUAACCAGGAAUGCUCGAAGGUUUACAAGGACUUGCUGGGCAGUUCCAUGCUGUGCGCUGGCAUCCCUGACUCCAAGAAAAACGCCUGCAAUGGUGACUCAGGGGGACCGAUGGUGUGCAGAGGUACCCUGCAAGGUCUGGUGUCCUGGGGAACUUUCCCUUGCGGCCAACCCAAUGACCCGGGAGUCUACACUCAAGUCUGCAAGUUCACCAAGUGGAUAACUGACACCAUGAGAAAGAAUCGCUAACCACCCCACCAAGAGUUAAAUAACUGUGUGCUUCCAACAGAAAAUGCACAGGAAUAAGGACGCUGAUGAUCUAUGACUUUACCUUUCCUCAAAGAUAUAUUAAAAUGUCAUGACCUGUUUGUAAACCAGUCAAAUUGGCAAAGACCUAAAACCAAAACAAAUAAAGAAACACAAAACCCUCAGUGCUGGAGAAGAGUCAGUGAGACAGCACUCUCAAACACUGGAACUAGAAGUUCGUACAAUCUUUAUGGAAGACACGUUUGUCAACGUACACUGACACCCUUAUUCACUGCCGUUGGCGCAGUAUCUCUAGUCUUAGGAAGAUGCUACCAAAAAAAAAAAAAAUCCAAAAUGUAGAAUAUGACUUAAAUUCAUCAGAAUAGUAUUUACCACAGAAAAAAGCAGAAACAUCAAAAAUGUUCCAAAAGUACUAAAUGGCUUAAAUAAUAGUCUGGUUGGGCA